CUCCUUUUCUCUUUGGCUUGCUGAGAGUUGGCUGUCUGCUUGUUCUUCCACGGGGAACGCGAGUUUUAGCCGCGAGUUUCUUCUGAGUACUGCGCGACGUAGAUUUGUGAUUUGUACUUUGGUGCGUGUUAUCUACUGCUGUUAAUACAAUGAAAAUCGCCGUUGUUUUGCUUCUUGUUUGCCUUUUAGUCCUUCUCAACGUUUCUACAUCGGAGUCGAGUCACCAUCACGAAGAAAAGAAGGGAGCUGCCAAAAAAGUAUCUCAUCAUGAUGGUCACAACGACGAAAAAAAGUCAGGUAAGAAGUCGGGCACUCAUGCGGAGGUUGCCCGAAAAGGUCAUUCUACCCACGACCUUCACAGGGUAGAUGACGAAGAGAAGGGCGGUAAAAAGAAAAAGUACCACUCGAGUGACAAAUACGCCAAGGGCUACCAGGAGUCUGGCCAUGACGCCCAUGCAGGUGCCUUCAAGCUUGGUGGGGCCCGUUUUAAGGGAAAUUACAAAAAGGGAUUUUUGGAAAAGUAUCACAAGAACGAAAAAAAUGCCCAUGACAGUUUCUUCAGUAAGGCUGAAAAAGGAGGAGAUUUCCAAAUAUUCGGGUCCAAAAACAAUCGAUUCCAGUCCCAAAAAUACGACAGGGUGGAAGAAGGGAAACACAAGGCUGGAAAGACCGGGGACGAAGCUGGUAAAAAAGGUAAAAAAGCAAGUGGCCAUAACGAGAAAGUAGACAAAAAAUACAAGCAGGAAGGCGGUAGCAAGAGUCAACACGCCAAACACGAAAGUUAUGGUAAAAAAGACCAUAAAUCGGCAAAGACAACGCACCACAUCGAAAAACCGCCAAAAUAAUAAACGCUUUGUGACCUGACCUAUAAAAACGUUUUCAAAUAUUUUAAUGUAUUACAUAAAUCUUUACCAACCCUUAUACCAUUUCGUAAAGCAACAAUUCUUAUUUAUUUAACACUUCAGACUGCACAAACUUUAGAACAAAAAAAAAACUUCAAAACGUCACCCAAAAUUGUUUAUUGUAUUUAUUACAUAAGUAUUAGUACAUAGUAUCUAUUGUAUGUAAAAAAUAAAUUAGCAUCUUUUUUCUUAUU